CUCGAGGGCCGCGCCGCGGCAGCGCGGAGGCGCGCCCGGGGACGGCCCCGGAGAGGCGCGCGCACCCCUGCCCGCGGAGGGCCCCCGGCGGCGAGAUGGAUCCCGCGGCCUUCCCCGGGGCCGCCGCUCGCGCGGGCCGGGGGAGCCCGGCCCGAGGCGGCUUCCGGUAUCCAGGCACGCUGGCCGACGCGGGGGCGCUGCCCAGACUCGGCGCCGCCGAGGCCGCGCUGGACAUGCCCGCCGUCGGUCGCUUCGCCGGCGGCCGCUCCUGCUCAACGUCGCCCCGCCUGGGCGGCCUCCUGGCCUGCCCCGGGGAGGGCCAGCAUCCGGGCAGCUGGACCCGGCGGCGGCGCCCUGGCACCAGCACCACCGAGCGUUCGCCGACCCCGUCCCCGUGCAUGCGGGCUGGCCCACGGAGCCCUCGGCGCCCUCGUUGCCGUCGCAGCAGCGGGACGGGCCCCCACGUCGAUCGCCCGCCUCUGGGCGACGCGGCGCGGCAGCGGCGGGCCUCCAACGACUCGCUGCAGUCGGGCGCCCGCGGCGGCGACAGAGCGGCCGCCCUGGCGCUGCUGCCGGCGCUCGGGCCGGGCAGUGCGCCGGCGGCGGCCUCCACGCAGGCCCCGAGCGCGGGCUUCACGCAGUGGCUCGGCUCCCUGGACUCGAUGGCCGAGGAGCGGCUGCUGCACGAGGCGCGGUGGCGCUUCUGCCACUACCGCGGCGACGCCUCCCUGCACGAGUUCCGCGCGUGGCUCUGCGAGGCCUCACGCCACGCCGACGAGGCCUCCGUGCAGGCCAUGUGGCGUGCGCAGCUGCGGGCGUGGCUGCUCUGCGUCUCGCGGAGGCGGAGGGGCGGCGACAGGGGCAUGGGCGCUGCGGGCCCGUGCGAGGGCAUCGUCCUCGCGGAGGAGGUGAAGCACCGCAUCGACAGCUUCGUGGGCGGGAGGCUCGUGUGGGGCGUGAUCAACGCGGCCCGCGCGCGGGAGGUGGCGGAGUCGGCCCUCCGGCAGAUCUGGCGCCCCGAGAGCGUCAUGCGCGCCGCCGCCCUCGCGGCGGUGGCCUCCCGCUUCGUCCACCCCGCGGUGGUGCAGGCCGCCGAGGCGGGACACAUGCAGUGUUCCACCGAGAUCCCGACCGACGAUGUGGCGUUGCGGGCCCUCUUCGAGGUCACUGCCGCUGAGUCGCGCCACGAGGUGGGGUCGCUGUUGUCGGCCCACCUCGCCCUCGACGGCUUCGAGGCGGAAGCGAAGCGCCUGCUCCUUCCUCAUCUUCCUGCUCCCCCCCCAGAUUUCCAACAUCUUGAACAGAAGUCAAGGUUUCUGUUCGCCGACUUGUGUUUCUGCUGAGGCCACGGGCCCUAGGACGGUCAAUAAGCUGCCCAGGACGACUAGCUGGUCCCCGGGGAGCGUUCGGGAGGCCUGGGGAACCCGCACUGAAAAAACCAAGGCGUCACAGAUUUGAGUUUCCCACCUCCCCGUUCCGCCUGGACGCGGCUGGGCGGGCCCAUGACCAGGAUAACCAGAUCGGUCCAGAGCGUUCCAGGAACGCUUUCAGAGCCUUCCAGAGCGCUCUGGAACGGCAGCGGCGCCCGACACAUCCUCGAGGACCCCAGGAUUUCAGAGAUCUCAGAUGCCUCCCAGUCCGAGCGUGCCCUGGUCCUGGCUUCGUCUCAUGAGGUGGAGCCGAAGUACCACGACCCCGAGUACGGGCUGUGGCGCGGCUUCUGGGUGGACAAGUGCAACAUGGUGCGGCUUACGCUCAUGUGGUGAGGGCGGGAGCGGUCGGGGAGGCAGGUCAAGACUUCGGCUGCGGACGUCCGCGGACGGUUUUUCUCUGCCGGCUCAAGGCCUAGGGUUAAGUCGGGCGUGUCGGUCCCUGCUCAUGUCUAGGCCCCCUUCGCGGGCGCCAGCUUUUCAGGCCCAAGCGCGCGCAGCCCGCCGCUGCCGCACCGCGCACGCAGCGAUCGGCAGGCCGCGCAGCAAAGAGCACCCAUGCCUAGGAUUACGGUCGGUUCGUGAGCCGGCUCGGCCUUUGCCCCGCUGGCCCUCCAGCGGCGGGCGCUCACAGCUCGCAGCGUCAGCGCCUCGCUCUCUCUCUGCCCGCCCUCUCGAGGCUGGGCACUGCUCGGCCGCCAGGUGUCCGGGCGAGAAGCGCUGCCCGGCCGAUGGGGCGCAGAAGGGGCAUUCGAUCUUGCUUCUCCAGCCUGCUGUUCCAGCCCGCUGCUCCCGCA